CAAUGCCAGUUUUCCCGGUUUCCGCAGCUUUCAGCAGUCUAGCGUGCCCAGGCGUGCCUUAGUGCCUUCGUAAUCGCGCUGUUGGGACAAUCGACGCGCUGUCUGCUCGCGUGCCGUUAACCGUUAUUUUCUGGUCAUCGGCAUUUGUGUUGUGCAACGGAGUGCAACUAUCGCUCGCACUGCCCUUGAAGCACGCACGUGUCCAUGAAGAAGGCGUGUGCGUAUAUUUAUGCUGUCGGCUUAUGACUUGCGCGGAUGGAAAAUAGCUGCACUGGUUGUUUGUCGAUAAGGCGCGUGCUCUUUCCUGUCUCCAGGUGACAGUCGGCGCGGCUUUUGUGACAACUGAGGGCGUGGGCUCUACACAAGUUGCGUCUUCGCCUAGUCCGACUCGAUCAAGAACUUCGACGAUGUCGCAAUUUUCUGCAAAGCGUUACGGCACUGCUGGACAUCCUUCGGAGGACGUCGUGAUCGAGCUGGAGCGGUUGUGGAGGCCCAUCUUCGAUAAGUACGAUCGUGACCACGACGGCGAAAUUCCUCUCGAGGAUAUCCUGCAGCUGUUGCACGAAAAAAAUGAGGAGCUCCAGCACGACAUUCCUCCGAGCGUGCUCGAGGAAAUUGUCGAGAGAGCCGACUGGGAUUCCAACAGAAAACUCUCGUAUGCGGAAUUCAAAAGAAUGGUACAUGCUUACGACUUGGCUGAGCACAGGCCACGGUUCCUUAGACUGGUUCGCUACGCCGCCAUGACCGUUGUUCCCAAAAAACAGCGAGCCACGGUCGUGCGUCGAUACAUCGACGAGUAUAGUUGCAUGCCGCCACCUCUCUUCCUGAUCACCGUCAGUCUCGUCGAGGUCGCAGUUUUCAUCUACUAUUGCGUGACCCUUGGAGAGUUCACAGCCAUAGGCCCGGUGCCGAGGGACAGCCCACUCAUCUACAACCCCCGGCGACGAAAAGAAGCGUGGCGUUAUCUUACUUACAUGUUCAUACAUGUUGGCGGCUUCCACAUCUUCUUCAACCUUCUUGUUCAGCUCAUCCUCGGGAUUCCACUUGAAAUGGUCCACAAGUGGUGGAGGGUCAUGCUUAUCUACGGCGGGGGAGUUGUGGCCGGAUCACUUGGGUCGUCACUGUCAGAUCCGUACGUUUUUCUUGCUGGUGCUUCUGGCGGCGUGUACGCUCUCAUUGCUGCUCAUCUGGCCACGCUUAUUCUGAACUUCAAGGAGAUGGACUUCGCUUGGGUUCGCGUUGUGUUCCUGACGAUAUUUGGCAGCACGGAUGUCGGUGUGGCCAUGUACACACGCUACAUGGAGGAAGACGAGGAGAAUCGCGUGAGCUACGCCGCUCACCUGGCAGGCGCCACAGCGGGCCUCCUGCUCGGCGUUCCCAUGUUGCGCAACCUAGUCGUGCAUCGCUGGGAGGUGAUCACGGGGCGGGUCUUCUUUGUAGUGUUUGUCUUGCUCAUUCUCGCUGCCGUCCUGGUGAACGCACUUUACCAGGAAUACUUUCCAAAGUCAGAGAUGUGAAAGAAUGGGGCCAGAGCAGUAUCGUGAGGGAAAGUGCGUGGGCAGCUCUCGCCCCUCGUGGGAGAUUUUCACCUCUCGUGCUUUAAGGAACGGCCAACUACAAGUUUAUGGGGAACGAAAAUGUUUCCAUGAACGAGAAUACAACUGUGCGCAGUUGGAAAAGUAAGGUCCAGUCGAUUCACCCGCACCACCUGAACCAGUUCACACGGUGUUGCACCUUGCCACUCGCUUCUGCAGUACAGCGCUGGUACAGCACACAGUGGUACAGCACUGUA